UGGCAACCUUAAAAUUUUGUUUUUGUUAUUACGACUGGAUAAGCGGUUUUUUUGGUAUCGUUGUGCAAAUUGCGUCUUAAAAGAAAGUUCCUGGGCAAUAUUUGAUAUAUUUACUUUAAUUUGCAAAAUAUAUUCGUAUAUAUAUUUAAUGAACUCCGUGCUAUUCUACCAAAGCCACUAUCUUUAAUUAUUAAUAAUACUAUCUGUUAUUAUUACGCAGAUGUCAAAAAUAAAUACCGUUGAAGAUUAUUCGACAUUGUUAGAAUGUCCCUAUGACGCAUCACACCGAAUAUUAGAAAGUCGUUUUCAAACUCAUCUCAUCAAAUGCAAAAAACACUACAAGGGUGAAAAGAAGGAGACAUGUCCCUUUAACAGUACGCACAUAAUAAACAAAUCUGAGCUCGAACAUCACUUGAAAACAUGUGUGGAUAGAAAAAAUUUUGAAAGAAGUAUUCAAGCGCCUGAACCAAUUAGUCAUCCUCCACCAGAGUUUAAGCCAUUGCCUGAUGGAGAAGAUUGGGAUGUUGAUGUUCGGGCCUAUAACCCAGCACAAUACGCAACUAAUACACCAGUUUUGCGUUCUCUGCAAGGAGCCUCCAAAUCUGUUCGCAAGCAGUUCAGAAACGACGAACGCAAGAGAUUACUUGCGUUAAAAUCAAAUGGACCUGAAUAAAUAUUUGCAAAUCAAUCAAAAUUUUGAUAUUUAGUGCCGUAAUAUUUUUCUAUUUUUUAAGUAAAAUGUUUUGAAAUAUAUAAUAUUUGAAAUUAAAUAAAGUCUAAUACAUUAGUAAUAUUGCAUAUCUUAAAUCCUGUACAGUGAUGGCUCUGCAGCCAAUUGUUACGUGUUGGAGUAAUAAAUCUGUAAGGUUCUAACA